AUGACCAUCACUAGCACAUCAAAGGAUCCUCCAACUAAUGCAGAAUUCGAUAAAUUAUGGACACUAGAAGACACGUUCACCCACCCGGAUUUCCGAUUGUUGUAUGUUCCUCCUAAAGACGAAGAUGACAAGAUGACAAUCAUUACACCCUCCAAACACGAGGCAUCAUACGUCCCUGAUCGCAAAUUUUAUGCUCUAUCACAUUUAUGGGGCACCGAUCCAAAGGAUAACCUAUGGGACGUGAGCGACUUUAUCAGUGACGAGGAUGGUACUACAGUGGAGCCAAUACCAAUGAGAAAAGAGAAACGUCAGACCUUCUUGAAAUUGCUGCAGGAUAACCCUGGGUAUUGGUGGAUUGAUGUCUUAUGCUGCAGGACCGAUACGCCACCCGUAAUCAUGCGAGGUGUGUAUGGUUGCUGCGAAAAGUGUUUUGCUAUGAUUGAUUGUCCAUCCAAAGCAAUUGAAUACUUCGCAGUGGUACUCCCUCAUGUUGAGAUUCCCGACCAAAGCGAAGAAUUUGAUGAUUUAGACAUUGAAUAUAUGGAGUGCGAGCCAUCACCUUCAUCCGAUACGGUAUCAUUCCUCAUGGAAGGAUGCAAGCAUGCUAUGGAUAUUUGGGAAUGCCGUUGGUUUUCACGUGUAUGGACUAUGCAAGAACUAGCCCUUCCACAUUCAGUUUCAUUACUCUCAGAGACAUGCGAUAUGCCUUGCUACAUCUCGGCCGAAAGCCUGAUAUUCCGACUGUACUUAUUCAGAUCCGACCUAAAGCGAGGUGAAUACAACAUCGGGAGCCAGAGCGUUGUUGAUCUCGCAGAUCAUCUUUCCGUAUUGAGAGAUAAUGUCCAGCAGUUUCAAUGGUGUGAGGAAGGCCUAGACAAUGACCGAUUCGAAUCGCUCAGCUAUGUAUUAGAUCUAUUCGCCCGAUCUGAACGAUCCUGUUAUUUUGCCGAAGAUUAUGUGUAUGGUGCACUCGGCAUCUUAGGUUGGGAUAUCCCACGAUUGAAUGAUUUAGAAGAUUUGUGGGAUCGCUUUCUCUCCUGUUUCCAACGAUUUGCAGAAGAACUUUUUUGGCUAGCAGUUAAGGACCUCUUUCAGCGUUUUCGCUUUAAUUUCGACGGCGAGGAAUACAAGCCAUGCCCAGAAACAACGACCAAGCAUUGUCAAGAAACUAUACAUUUUAAGAUCUCCCAUGAAGCUCGAUCACGCACACUAUCAGAAGCAUGCAAUAUGGCAGACGUGUAUCAGGGAUUAUUGUACAUCACGAUUGAUUGCUCAUGUAUCGAUUGUGAACUUGUCGUUGAUAUGGUAGAAACCAAAUUUUUUAUUUAUUUCGAAGUCAUUCGCAUUUAG